UGUUGAUUUCUGCACGAUGCUCUCAGUGGUUUCUCUUCAAUGGGAUCUCUUUGGUCAGGUGGAUCUCUUUGUUCGAAUUUCACUGCCUCGGGAUUCGCGAACAUGCUUAGCAUUGGCCAGCGUCGCCAGUCGCAAUGUCUCGGGGUAACGACUUGGAUGCGGAUCUGGAGUUGGAUCUCCAGGAGGGGGACAGGGAUACGCAGUCGGCGGCCACCACUAUCACGCUGGAGGAGCGUCCUGGCAAGCCGCAGGUGCGCUUCUUCAGCAUCGGACCCAGCAGCUACCAGGUGCGAUGUCCGCUGUGCCAGCAGAGUUCCAAAACGGAAACCGUGGAGAUGACAGGAGCACUGGGCCAGCUCAGCUGCCUCUUGUCCACGUUGUCCUGUUGCUUUCCCAUCUUUGCCCUGACCUUCGUGUACUCCUGUCUGCAGAGUCGCCUGAAAUCGAAGCGUGUGUUCUGCAGCCGAUGCGGUGGUCACUUGGGCUACCACUGGCGUCCCACUUAGUUGGCACUUAAACCGAGAGAUUCUCGAAUUCACGCAAAUGAUCUAUAAAUAAACCGGCAGCUGUUGUCAAAUUUUUUUAA